AUGCAGUGGCCAGAGACGAUUGUGGUGAACGGCGUUCGCCAGAACUCGCCGUACAUUUGGCUGGAGCAGGGGAAGUUCAUGUGCAAACCCUGUGGCGUGGAGGCGAAUGGUGGCACGGUCGGCGUUGCGGCUGCACACCUCGCAUCAGGUGACUCCGACGACGAGGCCGCCACCAUCGAUGACGUGAUCGAGACCAUCGAUGGCAUCAAAAAUAACAUCAACGAGCUGCAGACUGGCCUCAACCAGCUGUCAACACAGUCGGCCAACAUGUACGAGGUUCUUUCUGUACUGGAGUUACGGGGGAAAACGGAGCAACUGGAGAAGGUGCAGACCAUGGAGUUCAGGAAGCUGCUCGCAGACACCCUUGAUGAGCAGCAUCAGGGCGUUAAUGCGGUGAAGGAGAAGAUGCAGGAGCUGAUGAAUGUGCAGCAGCCGCUGAAGGCGGAUAUGAAAACCUUGACGGACAAGGCGACGGAGCAGCAUACAGCGCAGGGGGAGUUGACGAAACAGAUGCAGGAGCUGAUGAAUGUGCAGCAGUCGCUGAAGGCGGAUAUGAAAACCUUGACGGACAAGGCGGCGGAGCAGCAUACAGCGCAGGGGGAGUUGACGAAGCAGAUGCAGGAUCUGAUGAGUGCGCAGCAGUCGCUGCAGGCGCAGAUGACAACCUUGCCUGCCCUCGCUAGCCUCGCCAACUUCGAGUCUCGACCAGCAGCGCGCACGCAGAAAAGCUGGCAGGAGGCCCAGAAGGCGGAGCGGGAUGAGGAGCUUGGAAGAGGUGCUGCAGGCGCAGCUGCGAAGCAGUCGGCGCCUGGGGUGAUGAGUCCGGCUGGCUUGCAGUAG